AGCCGCCCGACUGUCGCGCCGCACCAGCUUCCUCCUCGGCGUUCCCACGCCUAUUUGGGCGGAUUCUUGGCGCCCGAGGAAGAGGUAGGCGCAGCGUCUCUCCGCGUCAGAGACCUGACUGUGGAGAUGGCGGCUCAGAAGAUAAACGAGGGGCUGGAACACCUCGCCAAAGCAGAGAAAUACCUGAAAACUGGUUUUUUAAAAUGGAAGCCAGAUUAUGACAGUGCCGCUUCUGAAUAUGGAAAAGCAGCUGUUGCUUUUAAAAAUGCCAAACAGUUUGAGCAAGCAAAAGAUGCCUGCCUGAGGGAAGCUGUUGCCCACGAAAAUAAUAGGGCUCUUUUUCAUGCUGCCAAAGCUUAUGAGCAAGCUGGAAUGAUGUUGAAGGAGAUGCAGAAACUACCAGAGGCUGUUCAGCUAAUUGAGAAAGCCAGCAUGAUGUAUCUAGAAAACGGCACCCCAGACACUGCAGCCAUGGCUUUGGAGCGAGCUGGAAAGCUUAUAGAAAAUGUUGAUCCAGAGAAGGCUGUACAGUUAUAUCAACAGACAGCUAAUGUGUUUGAAAAUGAAGAGCGCUUACGGCAGGCAGUUGAAUUACUAGGAAAAGCCUCCAGACUACUAGUGCGAGGACGUAGGUUUGAUGAGGCGGCACUCUCUAUUCAGAAAGAAAAAAAUAUUUAUAAGGAAAUUGAGAAUUAUCCAACUUGUUAUAAGAAAACAAUUGCUCAAGUCUUAGUACAUCUACACAGAAAUGACUAUGUAGCUGCAGAAAGAUGUGUCCGGGAGAGCUAUAGCAUCCCCGGGUUCAAUGGCAGUGAAGACUGCGCUGCACUGGAACAGCUUCUUGAAGGUUAUGACCAGCAAGACCAAGAUCAAGUGUCAGAUGUCUGCAACUCACCGCUGUUCAAGUACAUGGACAAUGAUUAUGCUAAGCUGGGCCUGAGUCUGGUGGUUCCAGGAGGGGGAAUCAAGAAGAAAUCACCCGCGACACCACAGGCCAGGCCUGGUGGAGUCACUGCCACAGCUGCUGCUGAAGAGGACGACGAAUACUCAGGAGGACUAUGCUAGCAUUUCGCUUACUGAAAAGAAAAGGGAAACAAAGGUAAAAUCCUGACAUGCCAUUUCAAGGACUUGGGAAUAGAUUAAAGAUAUACGUACUUCAUCACAGUCAUUUUGGAUCCUAAUAAAGACUUAGGAUCUUUAGUUACCAUCUCCCCAAAUCACUCAUUGUAUCCAUUACCUGUGAAGCAUAUCUUUUUCUUUCCAUAAGAGCUUUUCUAAGACACCAGCAGGAAUUUAGAGAAAAUGGACUGUCUAUGUUUUAAUACAGUUGAUGAAAAAAUUUGCAAGCCAAAUUAUACAUAAAUUAUGUUCUAAACAAAAGGGGUAAUAAGCAUAGGUAUUCUUCUCUCUUGGACGCUUGUAAGUUACUGUUAGUGAAUUGUUUUUUACAUUUUACUUUAUUGCUGCUAAAAGUGAUGUUUACUGAUAAAAAAUUAUUUUAAAAUUUGUUUUGUUUUGAAAAGGAAAUUUACCCCCAUGAUGUUAGAUACAUUUAAAUUAUCAAGUCUUUUCAGAGAUGAGAUGGAGACAGGAAGUUAUUUUGAGCCUUACAAUAUUAUUUAGCCCAAUCAAAGAUGCAUUGAAGCUCUUAUUAUAAGUUUGAAAAAUUUUGAAGGUAGCAUAUUAAAGUGAUUCUAUAAAGA